AAGAUGAGAGAAGUGAUCUCCAUAGUCACACUGCUUUCUCUUCUUGUUACUCUUGCAACCUCCAGUGAAGAUAAUGAAUUCAUGUAUAAUGGAUUCAGAAAUACAGACUUGCACCUUGAUGGCAUCUCAGAGAUCUCACCGGAUGGCCUUUUGAAGAUGACCAACACUACAAAGAACCAACAAGGCCAUGCAUUCCACCAAGUCCCACUCCUUUUCAAGAACAAAGAUGGUAAUCCUAACUCCUUUUCAACCACUUUUGUGUUUGCAAUUGUCUCUGAGUAUGUAGACUUGAGUGCUCAUGGCCUUGCUCUGGUUAUCUCCCCUACAAGAAGUCUCCCUGGAGCUUUACCCCUUCAGUAUCUUGGUCUCUUCAAUCAAAGCAACAAUGGAAACUCCUCCAACCAUGUCAUUGCAAUUGAGUUUGAUACCAUCUUGAACAUUGACUUUAAUGACAUUGAUAACAAUCAUGUUGGGAUUGAUGUUAAUGGUUUGAAAUCCAUUGCUGCUGCUCCAGCAUCAUACUAUGCUGAUGAUGUUGCUGGGUUUAAGAAUUUGAGCCUUUCCAGUGGCGAACCAAUUCAGGUUUGGGUUGAAUAUGAUAGUCUAGAUAUGAAGUUCAACGUGACAAUUUCCCCAAUUAAUGUCAUGAAACCAAGAUUUCCUCUGUUGUCUUCAACUAUCAAUAUUUCCUCUGUUAUCUAUGACACUAUGUAUGUUGGCUUCUCUUCUUCUUCUGGCUCUGUUAUAGCAUCUCAUUAUGUUCUGGGAUGGAGCUUCAAAGUGAAUGGUCAGUCUCAUGCACUUAAUCUCUCAAGCCUUCCUUCAGUCCCUCCAAGAAACCAGAUGAAUAAUUCAACAGCAAGUAAAACAAGAUUGAUAUUUGUGGUUGCCUUGGGUGCUGUUUUGUUUGUAUUUGUGAUGUGCAUUGUCAUUGGAAUAAUGGUGAGAAGAAGGAUGAAAUUCAAGGAAGUUUUGGAAGAUUGGGAGAUUGAGUACAGACCCCAUAGAUUUUCAUACAAAGAGCUCUACAAAGCAACCAGAGGUUUCAGAGAUGCAGAGCUCUUAGGAGUUGGAGGUUUUGGCAGGGUCUACAAAGGGAAACUACCUUCUUCCCAAGUUGAUAUUGCUGUGAAAAGAGUAUCACAUGAUACUAAACAUGCAGUGAAAGAGUUCAUUGCUGAGAUUGUAAGCAUUGGUCGUCUUCGUCACCGGAACUUAGUACAACUCCUGGGCUACUGCCGACGCAAAGGUGAGCUUCUCUUGGUCUAUGAAUUCAUGCCUAACGGAAGUCUUGAUAAGUUCCUCUUUGAAGACACAUGGCCUACGAGAGUGAAUUGGAGGCAGAGGUUUCAGAUCAUCAAAGGUGUGGCUUCAGGACUGUUCUAUCUGCAUGAACAAUGGGAACAAGUGGUUAUUCACAGAGAUAUAAAAGCCUCCAAUGUUUUGUUAGAUGGUGAAAUGAAUGGAAAACUUGGAGACUUUGGGCUUUCAAGACUAUAUGAUCAUGGUUCUGAUCCUAGAACCACUCACGUUGUAGGGACAAUGGGGUACAUUGCCCCAGAGUUCACUAGGACGGGAAGGGCAGCCCCUUGCACUGAUGUCUUUGCAUUUGGUGUGUUUCUGCUUGAAGUGGCAUGUGGAAGGAGGCCAAUAGAACAACAAGCAUCACCAGAGUCUUUGAAUUUAGUGGAUUGGGUCAGGAGAUGUUGGAGAAGUGGAGCUUUUUUGGAGACAAGGGAUCCAAAACUAGGAAGUGAUUUUGAGAUGCAGGAACUGGAGUUGGUAUUGAAACUUGGGCUAUUAUGCUCACAUCCUGUGGCUGCAGCUAGGCCAAGCAUGAGCCAAGUUGUUCGCUUUCUUGAUGGAGAUUUACCCGUUCCUGAAUUGUCCAAGCAUGAGUUAGAUAACAGAGUCUCAGCAACUAACCUUUCAACUUUAUCUUCUUUCAGUGAAUCCAAAGUACUUGAAGAACAGCAGUCACUACUGCAUGAAGAUGAACAUGUUUAUUUUGCCCAGUAAACAAUGAACUUUGUUUUUCUUUAUAUUCUUGAAUUCCAAAAGUUUGCUACUCUCCUCUUUAA